CCCUCCCUUUCCUCCAACAGUCUCAGUCGGCUCGCCCGCAGCACUUGCGUCCUCUCGGCCGGUUUCACUUCAGAGAUGGCUGCGAAAGUGUGUAGAUCGGUCCUCCUCCUGUCCCGGAGCAGCGGAGCCGUAGCCUCUUCGGCUUAUCCCGCGUUUGGUGUCUCCUCACAGCGGGUACAUCAGAGCAGAAGAACGGAGGCGCUGUCCAUGUCUCUUGGUGGACACCAGACUGUCAGGAGAGCGCACGGUCUGAGAACAGAUGCCCGAUCUGCUCUCUUCUGCCACCCCAGUGCCACUCUGACAGCCCAGGGCUGGAAGGGCUCCCCCUCAUGGCAGGGUCAAAGACUACUGUGUUCACCUGCUGCUACAGAAGAUGUUUCAGUGGUGUAUCAGAACGGAUUGCCGGUGAUUUCUGUACGUCUGCCAUCUCGACGAGAGCGCUGUCAGUUCACCCUUAAACCUCUGAGCGACACGGUGGGUGUUUUCCUUCAGCAGCUGCAGGCGGAGGACAGAGGCAUCGAUAGAGUCACCAUCUACUCUGCAGAUGGAGCAAGAAUAGCGGCCUCAACAGGGAUUGACAUUUUACUUAUGGACAACUUUAAGCUAGUCAUUAAUGACACCUCAUACCUGGUGCAGCCCCCCAGGAGAGAUCUGUUACCGCACGAGGACGGCGAGCGGCUGAACGAUGUCAAGAUUUUGGUGCAGCAGCUCUACACCACCCUGCGUAUAGAGGAGCAUCAGCUCAGCAAAGAGAGAGAACUGGUUGGACGACUGGAGGACCUCAACUCUCAGCUCCAGCCCUUGGAGAAGGUUAAAGAAGAGCUGAGUAAGAAAGCCGAGCGCAGGACUACCUGGGUGCUGUGGGGAGGAAUGGCUUACAUGGCCACGCAAUUCGGCAUUCUGGCACGGCUGACCUGGUGGGAGUACUCAUGGGAUAUCAUGGAGCCCGUCACGUAUUUCAUUACCUAUGGCACCGCCAUGGCCAUGUAUGCUUACUUCGUGCUGACACGUCAGGAAUAUCUAUACCCCGAUGCCAGGGACAGACAGUACCUGCUGUUCUUUCAUCGGGGAGCAAAGAGGACACGCUUUGACAUUGAGAAAUACAACAAACUGAAGGAUGCCAUUGCUGAGGCGGAGUUGGAUCUAAAGCGUCUACGAGACCCUCUGCAGUUGAAUCUCCCUAUCCAGCAAAUCGAUGCCAGCAAGGACUGAUGAGAAUGUGAAGCUCUUUCAGCCUCUCUCUCUCUCUCUUUCUUUCUCUCUCAUUUUUUUUCUCCUCUGCCUUUUAGCAUUUAUUUUUCUGUCUUUUUUUAUUGUUUGUUUUAUCUUUACAGCCUCAAUGAAAAAAAAAAAACAUAUCCACAUAUCCA